UUUCUCGCUCUUCCAAACCAAAAUCUUCACUAAAAAAUAAUGAAUAGCAACAGUUUAAAUUGUCGAAUCUGCUUGGAAAAAGUCAACACUCAAGAUGCUACAAAUAUUUUCACUGCUUACGUGAAUGAACAGCUUUUUUCCUCACUUUUUGAGAUACUUUUCAACAUCGAGGUCCAUCCUGAUGACGAACUUCCUCAAUUAAUCUGCCUCAAAUGCAAAUUAGGCAUGGAACUAGCAAUAAAUUUGAGAAAACAGGCAAUCGAGAGUUACGAAAAGCUUUUGAACAUGCCACGAACUGAAAAUUUCUCAGAACAGAAGGAAAAUUUCGAAAUUAUUGAACAAGAUGACGAAAUGGAAGACGGUGAACUGCUCAAAGACACCCAAGACGAUGAUUUUAGUGAGAACGAAGAGACAGAUGCGGUUGAGUUCCUGCUUCAAAACAUUCCAAAACCUUCGAAAAAGCCAAAAAUUGAUAAUUCUGAGCGGAAAUUCCAAUGCAACGUCUGCGAAAAAAGAUUUAUCAAGAAAACGAAUUUGACGGAUCACUUAAAGCUGCAUGCCGGAGUCAAAAAUUUCAGAUGUACAAUUUGCGAUAAGGCUUUUACGCAAUUUGGGAACUUGACGGCUCACAUGCGAUGUCACACGAAAGAAAAACCGUUCGUUUGUCAUAUUUGUGAGAAGCGAUAUACGCAGUCAUCAGCGCUAAAAACUCACUUGAGAAGUCACACCAACGAUCGAAGUUACGUGUGCGAUAUUUGCGCAAAAGGAUUCACAAAUGCCUCGGAUUUGAGCAAACACAAGAAAAUUCAUUUGACGGAGAAGGAAUAUUUGUGCAAAAAAUGCGAUUUGCAGUUCACACAAAAGAUUCAUGUGAUCCGACACGUAAGGAGAGUGCAUCCUUAUGAAAAUCUCGAUGAUCUUUGGAUGAAAAGAAAAAUUGAUUCUGAAGAAAAAUGCGUCAUCGUCAAACAAGAAUCCGAUCAAAAUCCCAUUUUUGAGCCAAAAUCUGUGAUAAUUGCAAGAAAUGAGACUCUUGAAGUAGAAAAUGAUCCAAAAAUCGAAGUCAAAGUUGAUUUUCAUGAGGACCUAAUUUCAAAUUUUGAUGAAAAAUGUCCCUCAAAGCUUCCAAAAACUCGAAAAUCUCGCAGAAAAUCCAAAAUUGAGGCAGAAAAAAAUAUUUUUCGUUGCUGCAUGUGUCAAAAUCUCGUAUUUUCCGAUGAAAAUUUACUUUUUUCGCACAUUCAAGACAUUCAUGCCUCAGAAAUUGACUCGAAUUCCUCAAAAAAUUAUACUCGACGUCACAAACGCGAAUGUCCUUACUGCAAAAAGCGAUUUCGCUUGAAUAAAUCCCUCGCAGCGCAUUUCACAGACAUAAAUUUCAUCGAACCGCCUCGUGAUCGUUCCUGCGAAUACGAAAAUGGCAAGUACAAGUACAAAUCGAAGGGCGGCAAAGGCGAAAAAGUCAUUUGCACGGAAUGUGGCUUGGUUCUCGCCAACAAACAACAGAUGAAAAUGCACGAAUUACGACUUCAUGCCAAAGAACAUCCCUUCCCGUGUCUCCAUCCGGGCUGCGGAAAGAAAUUUGCUGCGAAACGAAUUUUAAAAUUUCACGAGGCGACGCAUGGCGAUCGAAAACACAUUUGUGACGUCUGUGGCAAGGGAUUUCUCAAUGAAAGGUUCUUGGAAACGCAUUCUUACGUGCAUAAAAAUGUCAAAAAAUUCCAAUGCGCGCACUGCCCGCGAACAUUUACGUACAAAAUCAUCCUCAAAGGACACGUUGAAUCGCAUUUCGCGGAGAAAAUCUUCCGAUGUGAUCAAUGCGAGAAAAGUUACAAAUGGAAAAAUGACCUCACAGCUCACGUCAAAGGCGCUCAUCAAGGCAAUUAUCCCUACAAAUGCAAAUUUUGUGAUAAAGGAUACUUUUGUAGUUCAAGUCGAAAAUAUCAUCAAGAUCGAUAUUUGGGACAUUCUUUUGCGGAACACACUUGCCCGUCAUUUUACAAAUUUCUCUUGAACCCAAUUUUGCAAAAACAUCCCGUGCGACAUUCCAUUUUGCAAUUUGAUGACUUUGCACAACUUUCCGUGCAUUUACUGCCACAAGUUGUGAACUCUUCAUUUUCGCCCGUGCAAGUUGAAACAUUUGUCUUAGGAACGCAUUUCCCCCUGAAAAUGGCGAAUGUUCGAACAACUCCUGUUACGAAAACGCCAAAAGAAAAUGUUUACACGAUUUUUCAAAUCCCGUUUUUGUUGAGCGCCGUCACGGGAGUCGUUCCUUUCUCAAUUCCCGCUUACAUGAAGGAAAAAUUGUUCAAAAAAGCGAUGAUAAGUAACAUUUGGUGCGGAUUUUGGUGCGCAUUUCUGGCUGUUAAUUAUCAUUUUGCGACAGUUCAGAGCAUGACGCAGGAAGAAGUCACGAAAACAAGCAAUUUAACGACCGCAAUCGGACUUUUCAUCAUCUAUAUGGAGCCCGCGAUGAUGUGCGUUGACGUCUUGGCAGCAAUAAUUAAUCAGAAUAAUUUCAUUUCGGUCUUUGAACGUUUGAAAGUCGUCGAUGAGAAAUUGGCGAAGGAAAAUAUCGACUUGCCGUACACAAAAAUCGUAAAAUUGGGCAAAAUUUUAUCUGGAGUCGUAUUUUUUGCGGAAAUUACCAUCACGACAAUGAAUUUUUUCAUGUUUACGAACGACAUUAAUUGGAUGUCGAUUUAUUUUUAUUUCACGGGGAUCCCGAUGAUUUUGAGCUCGUUGGCGAAAAUUUGGUUCAUUUGUUUGAUUGUCGUUGUGAGACAACGAUUUAAGGCGAUUAAUCGUUAUUUGAAUGAAACUUCGAAGGUUUUUGGAGCGCAAAAGAAAAAAUAUGAACAAGAUGUUGGGGAAAUGUUGCCGGAGGAUACGACGAAUUAUUUGGAGAAAGAUAUGCUUUUUGUACGAACUAAAAAUUCUGUGGCGCAAAAAUUUGAUUCUCGAAUUGUGAGAGUUUCGCCUUUUGAUCGUAUCAAAGAACCAAACCCUUUCCUCAUAUCCGGCAACGUCGUCAAAGACGCAAAUCUCUCUCCCGAAAAAGAAUUCAUCGUUGGCGACAAAAUGGACCAAAAACUCACCUCGCUGUGCAAACUUCACGACGAAAUCUGCGAAAUUGCCCGUGUCAUCAACCAAAUGUUCAGUUUCCAGAUGCUCCUGAUGAUGGCUUACGGUUUCAUGAGCAUCACGGCGCAAUUCUACUUCUUGUACUGCGGCUUAAUGGACCAACCAAUCCCGAGUCAAUUCCGUUCGGCGCAAAAUAUCCAAAUUUCCCUCGCCUCAAUCUUCUACACGGGCUGCAAAUGCAUCGCGAUUACUUUUGUUUGUUGGAAAACGAAAUACGAUGCGCGCAAAACGGGCGUUUAUUUGCACAAACUCGCUCACACCGUCGACGAAGUCCAUUUUUACAACGUCGUGAACCAUUUGUCGCUGAAACUGCUGAAUCAUCAACUCAAUUUUACGGCUUGCGGAUUUUUUGACCUUGAUAUGACGACAAUUUAUGCUAUUGCGGGCGCUAUUACGAGUUAUUUGAUCAUUUUGGUGCAAUUUAACUUGGCAGCUGUGCGAACAAAGCCCAAUAAUGGAACUUUGGUGACCAAUAUGUCGAAAAUUUUGAAUGUCACGGAGAUGCCUUCGACAAUGUCUCAAGAAAUUAAUUUAAUUGUAUCAGUUGUGAGCGAAAACCUUCUUGAGUCUGAAAUUUGCACGCAAAACGACUUAAAACUACUAAAAUUGAGUCAAGCAGACAAAAUUUCACCAAAAAAUGGAAUAAAUUUAUCAAGUCACUGUGAAAAUUGUUCAAAAUCAAUCAUUUUAAACAUUUAUUUCAAUGGAAAGCGAAAAUUUCAAAGCAAAUCCGAUGAAAUUAAAGAAGAUGACACAAAUUCAGAACAAGAAUGGGAAGAACCGCACAUCGUGAUCAAAGAAGAACCUUUUCUCGGAACAGAAACAAAAGCUGAAAGUCACGUAAUUUAUCCCGGAAUCGCUUAUCAACUCCCAGCAGACCUUCCAUUGCCUCCUUUGGACAACAUCAAGGCGCCAUUCUUCGCGGAAAUGACAAAUUCUGACGGAAGCAAGUUUUACAUCGAACAAAAAGACAAAAAAUCUGAAAUUUUUGUCACGAAUUACGAUCCCCGAGUGACUUUUUGUGACAUUUGCAGCUUUGAAGUAUCAAAAAUCGAACAAAUCCCGCAACAUCGUCAAGGGCAUUUUUUUACAAAAACCGAAAAUGGCAUUUGUCGAGGCUGUGGAUACAAAUUUGGAGUCGAGGAACAGUCGAAUCACACAUUUUUCUGCAGCAAAAAAGAUGAAAUUCAAGAAUUUAUUUGCACCGAAUGUGAUUUUGAGGCGAAAGACUGUCGAAAAUUACGAGCGCAUGUUCAACGAGUACAUCGUCAAUCCGAGGAAAAUGAAUUUUUGGAGGAAAUUCAACCUGUAACGAAGAAAAAAGUUAAAAAAGUUGGAGGAAAGGAUGCGGCAAUUGAUGAAUAUUUGUCGUAUUUGAGCUUACCUGAGAAUUGUGUGCUGCCAAAUUUGUAUAAAUUGAGUGCUCAGCAUAGUCGGAUGCAUCCACAGCCCGAUGGAACGAGCAUUUAUGUUGGAAAAGGCACGAAUCAUCUUCAGGUAAUGAAUUUCGAUCCUCGUCGCGAAAAAUGUGAACUUUGCGGCAAAUCUCAGCUGAAAAACAAGCCAGAUUUGAUCGCCCAUCGUUUCAAGGAGCAUUUCUUCCCUUCAUUUGCCGGUAACGAGUGUCAAGGAUGUCACAAAGAAUUCCAAACUGCCGAAUCUAAAAUCGCCCAUAGUCAUUUUUGCAUCAAAAAAUCCCAAAUUCCCGUGAAUUUCUGUCGAAAAUGCAACGAACAAUUCCCGACGUACCCAAAAUACGUUUCGCACAUCAAAAAAAUCCACAAUGGCGACGGAAUCGAGCAAAAGUACAUGUGUCAUCUGUGUUCAUCGACUUUCGAACGACCCACGCAACUCGAAUUGCACGUGAUAAAACACAAAGACCCAAAACCCUUCAAAUGCGCUCAUUGCGAAGCCGAGUACAAAGGAAGACACGGACUCGAAACGCAUUUAAUUCGGAUUCAUUUUCCGCAUGAAGCGAAAUUUACGUGCAAUGUGUGUCAACCUGCCGCUCUUUUCGGCUCGAACGAACAGUAUAAGACGCAUUUGAAUAUUGUGCAUUUUAUGAAUUCGAAGGAGAAACAAGAAUGUCCGCAUUGCAAAAAAAUGAUACGAAAACUCGGAUUGGCGCAUCACAUAAGGCAACAACACACAAAUUCGGGCCCCAAGGAGAAAUUCGAGUGCCCGAGUUGCAAUAAAAUAUUUUUCAAUAAAAAAGGACUCGAUAUUCAUUCGGUGAUUCAUCUGCCGGAGGAUCAGAGACAAUUUCGAUGUCGGUUUUGUGGAAGGAGUUUUAAUUUCAAACAACAUUUGGUUGCUCAUGAACGAAGUCAUACGGGAGAAAAACCGUUUAAAUGUGAAACUUGCGGAAAGGCUUUUGCGAGAAAACAGGCGUUGACAGAUCAUCAGAGAGAACAUACAGGACAAGGGUAUGUUUGUUCGGUUUGUAGUCGCGUUUUCACGGAUCGAGGGAAUUAUCGACAUCAUAUGAAGCAACACGAGAGUCAAAUGGGUGUCAAAUUAACAUUUAAUCACGAAGAAAGAAGAUUAAUGAGACUAAAAGUACUCACAGCAGAACAAGCACUGAAAGGAGGUUUAAACGACGAUUUUUCAUAG